AUGUCUAGCAAAAGGGCAAAGACCAAGACCACUAAGAAGCGCCCUCAGCGUGCAACCUCCAAUGUGUUUGCAAUGUUCGAUCAGUCACAGAUUCAAGAAUUCAAAGAGGCCUUCAACAUGAUUGAUCAGAACAGAGAUGGCUUCAUUGACAAAGAAGACCUGCAUGAUAUGCUCGCUUCUCUUGGAAAGAAUCCAACUGAUGAAUACCUGGAUGCUAUGAUGAAUGAAGCUCCAGGCCCCAUAAACUUCACUAUGUUCCUUACAAUGUUUGGAGAAAAACUAAAUGGCACAGAUCCAGAAGAUGUAAUCAGAAAUGCUUUUGCUUGCUUUGAUGAAGAAGCAACAGGGGUCAUUCAAGAAGAUUAUCUGAGAGAGCUGCUGACAACAAUGGGAGACAGAUUUACAGAUGAAGAAGUAGAUGAGCUGUACAGAGAGGCACCAAUUGACAAAAAGGGAAAUUUCAAUUACAUUGAAUUCACACGCAUCCUUAAACACGGAGCAAAAGACAAGGAUGAUUGAACAAAGUUUCAGACACCUGCAGCUAGCUCUAGUUUUCACUUGCGUUUAUUUUUGAGGGUUUUUUCCUGGUAGAGCCUGUUGCAUGCAUCUAGCUUUUACAGCUUUUGCCUUUCUCAGUAUAUUUAUCUAUUCCAGGCCAUUCUGGCACACUUGCACCUGUGUAAUCAAGCUGGAUGUGGGGGAUAUUGUAGUGUAAAGAAUCUGGGGACAAAGAUCAAUGAAUUUGAAGGCCCAGGAAAAAAGUCUCAAUGUUUCUGGUUUAGCUGGAUUUUUACAUUUUUGUAAUAAAAAUGUCCUUUUGAAAUAAAGAUUGCUAUAUAAAUAAAAUACCUCAAACUGU